CGGACAAGGAGGGCGCGUGGACAGAAGAAUCCUAUGCCAAUGCCAUCAAGGCUUUUGUCGACUUGGAACAGGAUCCUGCCACCAUAGACGACUUUGCCAAGGACACGUCGGAAGGCGCCACUUUGUCCUAUCCAGCCCUGCGUGAGCGGAUGGAGCGUUUCAUACAUGCCUUCAAUGCCUUCAAGGCAGAAGCAUAUGAAGUCCGAGUUGCAAAGAGGGCUGCUCAUGAUGCUGAAUCGGAUCCAUGUGCUAAGGCCAAACCUAUGAACCCCUUCGCCACCAUCGACAAACCCGAUCCCACCAUCAGCCACCAAUAUCGACCUCGCUACACCCCCAAAAUCCGGUACGAGCCUCGCACAGAGCAACCAGCACCAUCAGUGAUGAUGCAGUACACACUCAAGCCAUGGAAGGAGCCACCUGAGAAGCCGAGUCUUCCAGUACCCAUCAAGAAAAAGCCCGUGGCCAUCAAGUCCGAGGUCCGCGAGGCCGACCGCUUUGAGCGCAAGCAGAUGAUGGAUGCCUUAUCGUUCGAGCAUCCAACAGUCACUCUGGACUUUGAUUGCCUAUCCACCAAUGUCUGUGCUGCCGUUGGUGAUGACCUAGUCAGCAAGGCCAUUGUUGAAUGCAUCCGUGGUGCUGUCCAGGUGGCGUGGGACACUAAAACACACUGCCAUAUGCUGAUUGGUCUCUAUCUGGAAGACCUUUUCUAUCCUCGGCCUCUGCCUGGCGCCCCUCGACCUGCGGCGCCCGUGGCCACUGUCAGCGACAAAGACCAGGCAGUCCUCGACAGCUUGUGCCCUCGCCUCAUGUCCAAGGAGAUGAGAGACGACAGUGACGAUGGCAGCACUGUGGAGGAUGGCCAAGAUGAUGGAUCGAACACUCCCUUUGUUCAAAGUUUCCUCAACUUCCUCUACUCAGGCAACCUGCCUGGCAAUGGCAAGGUUGGGUCAGCUGUCAACACCUUCAUUAGUUGUCUUCAAGAGAUGGAGCACCUGGAAAAGUUGCAAUUGGCCAAAGCCGACAUGCUCAGGAAUGUCAAGGACUACACGCCAUGUUUUGUGGUUCGAUCGGUUGCAUCGCAGCUGGCGGCUGAACUGCGGCGGCACUACAGACACGGCACCAAAAAGCUGUCGGAACAGGUCCAAACAUUGGUCAAGAAGGGUCUGUUGGUGAGCAGUCAAGUUGUGGACGUAACAUCCAAGGAGCCAGCGAUUCAGCUUUUUGUCCGAGCGAAUACUGUGGCUGGUAGGCCUUGGCGACUUUCACCCCUGUCAUCUGAGGAGCAUGGAUUUAUGACUUUCACUGAGAUCGAGCUGGCCGCCUUUCUGCACAAGCGCGACGAACUGCAUCCUGUCCUCAAGAAGCUCAUUGGCUGCAUGGACCAACAGCGGCGGCUCGCCCAGACGGAACUGACACAAGACUGGCUCCCUCUUCAGACACCAGGCCUGCUGAUCCAGCAGCUCAUUGCUCCUGUCGACCCCAGGACCCUUGAUGGCGACCGUCUGCAUGGGCGGCGGAAGAAGGAUGCCGGUAUCGCGGCCGCCAUUAAACUUGUUGAGCCCGAAGAUAUCCGUGCGCAUAUUAACACCCUUCGCCGUGACGGUUUCGAUCCCCGAAAUUACCAGGAAAAGGGCUAUUUCUUGCGCGGCUCGAUCAAGACGGAUGGCUAUAGCUUGCAGCUUCUCGCAUACAAGGUCCGCGAGCUGAACUCAGUCAAGUUCAAGCGAUACAAGACCGAUGUUUUGCCAGAUCGUCUGCUCACCACCACCGCCGGCACGAAUGACUAUCUGACCGAGGUGCGCAAUGUCUUCAAGUCCGCGGCCGAUGUCGAGCGCCUCCUUGGCUGCACCCCUGACGACACUGACAAGGUGUCAUACUUGGGUCUCGACCUAGGCCAAGCGUUCGUUGUCGGAGCGUACGGCCAUAUGCCAAAGGACAAGAGCCCCAAGAUUGGCAAGCGACGCCGCCACCGGCGACAGAAGAAGCACGGCAGCCGGGGUCGUCGCAAAAGAGGUAGCGGCAAGGGCAGGAAGAAGAGCGUCUGUCGAACCCGAGGCGAGCGGCACAUUAACUUAGCUGCCAAGCAAAAGCAGUUGCGCAACCCACUCACAGCCACAGGACUUGGAUGAAUCGGCAGAAGGGCGCCGACUUGAAGAUACACUCCAGCCCGUCGACCACCAACACCGAGUCAAUAGCACCAUCAACGGUCAACCAGCCCUCAACCAGCAGCACGGAGGCAGCAACAAC